AUGGCGACAGUUCGCGAAGAAAGAACCCUGUCCGACACUCCAAAUGGACUCUUGCGCAGCCAACACGAGUACUCGUACCGACUCCCGACAGCCCCGCGUAUCGUGGUUCCCCCGCCUACCCUCACCACCGAUAUGCCCGGCCUCUCCCUCGGUGGCGCAUCUGGAGGGGAUGCUGACAUGAGCUUCUUGAAUGAGCUGGACCUCGAGGACAUCAUACAGAAGAACACACUGCUGGAAUGGGCCUAUGAGCGGCGGAGAGAGGCGCAAAUGAUCUUGCCCUGGGUCUAUCUCGGGCCCAUGGUGGCAGCCAGGGACAAGGACUUCCUAGAGCGCGAGGGCAUCACCAUGGUGCUGGCUAUCCGUGCGCAGGCUAAGAGCAUGAUGGGCGCGACGAAUGCGGCUUCCCAGGUCUGCAUGGAGGUGGGCAGCAUCGAGGCGCCCAGCUUCUACAGCCUCACACCACAGUUCCCGGAAGCAGCGAGGCUCAUCAAUUCACAUGUCGCACGAGUACGACAACAUAGCUUGGAGACGACAGGACAAGCCACUCUCGGCAAAGUCCUGGUCUUUUGUGAAUCGGGGAAUGAGAAGUCGGCUGCAGUCGUUGCAGCCUACCUGAUGCAGACGCUCCACGACAUUGACUACAUCAAGGCUAUGCAGGUCUGCCAAGCGCAGCGCUUCUGCGUCAACUUCGACGACGUCUUGAAGAACAUCCUGCGCGCUUACUGGGACAUCAUCGGUGCACGACGCUCUAUCGCCACUUCGAACGCUCAAGCGACCCAGCAAAAUGGUCUCGGCCACGGUUUCGCCGGAUCGUUCUCGCUUCCUGUCCCGUCACUCAAGCACAAGCGUAGCGUCCAAGACAUGCAGGACCACGAUGAAGACACGGACAUGGACAGUGGUAUGGACGAGUCAGACGCGCUACGAUUUGCAGGGCGUGAUGUCACUCCCUUCCAGGAUCGCUAG